AUGAAGGAUUUUCCCUUGACCAUGGUGGGCAUCGGCGGUGACGAGGAGAGCCUGGUGGCGCCUAAGAUCGGAAUGUGCGCGAAGCGCAUCCCGCACAAGGUGUUGACGGGCGACGUGCGAAGCCCCGGCGGCAUUGUGGCUGCCCUGAAGCAGAAGAAGAUCGAUGCUCAUCGGACUCUCUUCUUGCAGGUUUGCCAGGACCGCCCGCGCCGGGACGCCUCCGCGGUGUCGGGCCCCAUCGCCACCUUCGCCCGGCAGGCGAUGGGAAACGCAGCAGGCAGUGAGGCGCUCUUUGCAGCUCUGCUCGAGGAUGCCGAGGAUUGCGCCGAGCUCGCCAAGGGCGGCAUGGGGCUUUGCCUUGCAGAGGUGCAGUCCCACUCGCCUGGGCCCAACGUCUUGGUGGCCCCUGCAGCAGCACUAGCGAUGGCUGCGGCGAUGGUGGGGCUCUUCCCGCAGGAUGUGAAGCUGGCGCAGCCUUACCCCAUGCGGGACGAGACCGGGGACUGCGACGUCUUCUGUCAGGUGCUCUCCAGACGAAACUUCCGAGUGCGCUUCGCGGUUCCCGAGGAUCUGCCGGCGCUGGAAGUCUUAGAGGAGAUGGCAUGGAAGAAGCACAUGCGCACUCCCAGAGAAGGCCUGCUGAAGCGGAUCCAAACCUCUCCGACGACGAGCUUCGCCUUGGAGGUGGACGGGCAGGUGCGGGCUGUGCUGUACACGCAGCGGAUCCGCAAGCCGGAGGAUGUCUACCGGCAGAAGCUCCAGCAGGUCUUCGAAGGCCACGUGGAGGGGGGUCCGGUGCUUCAGCUCAUCGCCAUCCACGCCCACACGGAGCACAGGGGGCUCGGCACGGAGCUGCGCAGCUUCGCCCUCCACCUGGCCCGCCUCGACCCGACCAUCGAGUCCGUGUGCGCCGUGACUCUGUGUCACGACUACGCCAGCAGCGGUGUGAAGAAUAUGCAGCAGUACGUGGACAUGCACGUCAACGGCAAGGUGAACGACCGAAUUCUUACGUUUCACACCUCCUACGGCGCCAAAGUCCUCGGCUUGGUCCCGGGCUACCGGCCGGAGGACUUCGAAAACGAAGCUACUGGAGUUCUCAUUCAGUACAAGCCGAAGGACUGGGCCUUCGAGCCGGCGCUCAGCAUCGAGCCGAAGGCACCGGAGGCCAAGCAGGAGGUCGUGAAGAGGAAGGAGGAGCCACAAGUGGCCUCACUGGAAAUUCUGUCUUCCAUCAUGACAGAGAUGGGCUACGAAGUCGACAUGGACAACCUGGACCAGGGAUUCUUCUCCAGCGGACUGGAUUCCUUCGACAUGGGCGUCAUCCAAAACAGGCUAGGGCGUGCUCUUGGCCGGACACUGCCGGCGACGCUGAUGUUGGAUCUCCCCACUGUGAAGGAGCUGACCGAGCACCUCGACAAGGAGCGAGGCGUCAGCGGUCAAGGCGCCGCCGAAGCCGAGGCCAUUACGGCUCAUACCGAGGUCAUUGAGGAGCGACGCGAGCGCCCGGAGCGUCGCACAGAGCGUGCCAGCGACGAGACCAUCACCGAGUGGGUCCGCUGCUGGCGCCAGUACCUCUACAAGAAGCAGAAGGCGCGGCAGCGCAGCGCCUCCCCGCGGCAACGUCGCUCACGCAGUACAGGGAGGAGUCGAGGCCCCGGCCCCUGGGAGGACAUGAAGUCCGAGGAGCUGGAGAAGAUCCAAACCAAGCUGGCGUGGCUUUUGAGGCUCCCGCAAAACCAGCGUCGGCUCCAGCAUGUCGCAGACAAGCCCCAUGACAACGAGGCACUCUUCCUCUGUGAGCUCCGCGUCGUCCUGGAUUCCGUGCUUGGCCCGCUCUUCAUGGCCUCUGGCUUGGUGCAGGACAUGAAGCCGCGAAGCCUGCAAGAUGCCAGAGAUGACAUGGAGAGCUGUGCCUUGUCUUUGGGGGGCAGUGCUGCCUCGCGGCACAAGGAGCUGCUGAGCCUCAUGAAGCUCGAUCAGGCGAGCCGCUUCCCCCAGGUUUCCGCCCGAAGUGCCUCGCCAGUGCCGCGGGUGCCGCCGCAGUUCCUUCCCGCGCAGCGGGGCAUCAUGGCCUGA